AUGUCUGUUCCUUCGCAUGGUUAUACCGACGCUAAGCUGCACGAACAGAAGAACGCGAUAAACCGCAAGGUUCCUUACUGCUUAGGUUACUUCUUCGGUGCAAAGUGUUCGAAAAAAAGUCUGGUCCCAGUGCCGCUGCUAGAGUCUGUCACCGACAACGCGACACGUUCAAUCAAUGAUCUGGACGUUCGUUAUUGGAUGGAUUACGCGCCCUUUAUCGGGGGUAGACGCAAAUGCGACGAGGGGCGAAAAAUAGUGCCAUUACCGCCGUUUAUGCAGAGUUUGAAGGGGAUGCACGCCUAUGUCAUCUACUACGUAUCCUCCCACAGAAGUUGUUGGUGGGCUCGGAAUAAGCUGCUCCAAAAGCUGUAUCCCGAGAGGAUCGUUAAGGGGGAUGUGCUAGUGAUGAAGCUGACGACGUCUCAGUCAAUCGGAGAUAUGUCGCUGGUCAACGUGAUGGAGGUCGAAGAACUUCUAAUGAGAGCUGUCUCACACCGUUGGAUUAAAUGA